UUUCUGUCACUUGCAAUAGUGUUAGUCAUCCUGAUGUACCAAGAGAACUGCAGGAAACUUAAACUUUGUGUCGCCAAUGGCGUAUUGCAGGUCAUUACCAUUUCUGAUAUUAUUGAUGUUGCUUAGCUUUCAAAGCCUUCUAACAGCACAUGAAGAUCCAUCUUACAAGGACAUACAGGUGGGAGUGAUUCUUGACAUGGAUUCAUGGGUUGGGAAGGUCGUUUGUAGUUGCAUCACCAUGGCUGUUUCUGACUUUUACAGAAUCAAUCCUCACUACACAACAAGGAUAACUUUUACAACCAGGGAUACCAAAGGAGAACCCCUGCUUGUGUUGUCCACUGCUCUUGAUCUUUUGGAGAACACUGAAGUGCAAGCGAUAAUAGGUCCAGAAUCAACGGCUGAAGCAAGAUUCUUGGAGGUUUUGGGAGACAAAGCUAACAUACCGAUUCUUUCGUUUUCAACAACCCCAUUUUCAAAUCAGAAUCAUAAUCUUCUUCGAAUGGCAGAUGAUGAAACCAGUCAGUUCAAAGGCGUUGCUGCCAUGGUUGAAUUGUUUAAAGCAAAGAAUGUGAUUGUUAUCUGCGAGGACACUGAAAACGGGAGAGAAAUGGCUACUUAUAUGGCUAGUGAGUUUCAAGAGAAAAAUAUACACGUUACAUAUACUAGCCUAAUUUCAACCUCUGCUAGCAAAGAACAAGUAAGUGAAGAGCUUCAAAAACUUCAAACUAUGCAAGCCAUGGUUUUUGUCAUGCAUACACCGCCUUCUCUGGCAACUGGUAUUUUCUCCAAAGCAAAAGAGUUGGGCAUGAUGGAUGAAGGAUACAUGUGGAUCAUAACAAGUAAGACUACCAACUUGUUGGAUUCCAUGGAUGCUGAAGCAAUCAAAUCAAUGCAGGGGGCUGUGGGUUUCAGAUCGUAUUUUCCAGCAUCAAGGAAGCUUCAUAACUUUGUUUCGAAAUGGAGAAAGGAACAUUAUGCCUUGGAGCCGUUUAUGGAGUACAAGGAGGUAGAUUCUAAUGGUAUAUGGGCAUAUGAUGCAGUUUAUGCACUCGCCAUGGCUAUUGAGAAGGUACAUACAACCCUAAUUGGCAUGUCUUCAUCAAUACAUGCAUCACUUUUGGAUGAGAUGUUAAGAGUCAAGUUCCAUGGUUUAGGUGGUGAAUUCAAUCUUAUGAAUGGGAGAAGCAUCUCCAAAGCCAUGGAAGUUGUAAAUGUGAUUGGUAAAGGUGGUAGGAGGGUAGGGUUCUGGAUGAUGAUGUCUGCGAAUGGUGAGUUUGUGAAAGAAAUAGGAAAACAGAAUUCCACUUCCAAUCAUGGCCUGGAAAGUAUUAUUUGGCCAGGAGGGAGUAGUGCAACAUUUCCAAAGCGUAGGAUUCUAGAAACAAAUGGCAAUAAGAAGCUGAGAAUUCUGGUUCCAGAUUUCGGCACAUUCCCUAAUUUACUACAACUUACUGUUGAUCCGAAAACAAAUAUAUCGGGUGUGAGUGGGUUUUGUGGGGAUGUUUUCAAUGCUGCGUUCAGUGCCUUGGAUUAUGGAGUAGGCGUUGAGAUUAUUCCAUACCCUUAUAAGGAUGGAAUGAAUUACAACGAUCUAAUCGACAAAAUCUAUCUUAAGGAAUAUGAUGCUGUUAUUGGGGAUAUCACAAUCACAGCAAAUAGAUCUGUCUAUGUGGACUUCACAUUGCCCUUCAGUGAUCUGGGAACUGGCACAAUAGCCCGAAAUGCCAAGAAAAACAUGUGGAUUUUUCUAGAUCCUCUUAGUGCAGAUCUUUGGAUCACAAGUGGUUGUUUCUUUCUUUUUUUAGGGUUUGUCAUUUGGUUUAUCGAACAUCGUAUAAACGAAGAAUUUCAAGGUUCUACAUGUCAGCAAAUCGGAACAACUCUCUGGUUUGCCUUUUCGACCCUUGUUUAUGCUCACAGGGAGAAGUUGCAAAGUAAUCUAUCAAGAUUCGUGGUUACUGUCUGGGUUUUUGUGGUGCUUGUUCUCACGUCAAGUUACACUGCAACUUUGAGUUCAGUUUUAACAGUACAACAGAUUGGAAUGAAGGAGACAUCUACUGGAUUCUUGGGUGUUUCAUUCGGAGGAGCUGCCUUUAACAACAUGAACUUUGGGGGUGCCAAAAUUGAAAACUUAUAUACACCUGAGGCCUACGUCAAAGCAUUAACAAGUGGAGGUGUUGAUGCAAUCAUCGAUGAGAUCCUUUACGUCAAAUCAGUCCUUGCAAUGUAUCCAACUUCUGACUUCUCCUUGAUCUCAACAGCAUCCACCACCAAUGGUUUCGGCUUUGCAUUCCAGAAAGGUUCACCAUUGGCAGGAGAGAUGUCGACUGAGAUAGCAAAGAUGCGGGAAGACGGGACAUUGAAAGCAUUAGAGGAUAAAUGGUUAAAACGUCAAUCUGCAUUGAUGUCAAAGGAUUUUUCUUCUCCUUCACCGAAAAUCUUGAAUCUGUAUGGGUUUCGUGGUCUCUUCCUUAUCAGUGGUGUGACGAUGGCAUUUGCCCUUUUGGUGUCCAUGGUUCGUAUUGUUCGUGAAAAGUUACAUGUCAAAAUUAAGAUGCAGAAUCAUGGUAUCAAAGCUAGGGUUUCCAACCCAUCAUUCUCACGUACGGCUUAUAAUUGACAAUUCCUAACUGCUGAUAUUUUUUUCCUCGUCAUCACGCGCGAUCGCUGCCUCACAGAACGCCUCAUAUGUGCCUCCCCACCAUCGGACUUCUGCUCUCUAAUUAGCCCUGUACAUCCCAGUCGAUUGGAUGAAGCAGCGCCACCAUUAUUGAUCCUUUGCUGGCGGGGUAUCUGUUUCUGAUCUCGUGGCUUGAUUUUGUCCCAUUGUUGCUGUUAGGUUGCUGCCCAACUACUGUUGUUUUCUCCUUUUGACAUUGUGUGUGUUUUCUCAAUAUCAAUACCGGAUUCUUCAUAUACCACUACUCCAUCCAAGUUAAGUCUCGUAUGUACUCUCACAAACGUACACAAUCAAUUUAGCUUUAAGUUGAAUGUUGAUGGUUCCAAGUAUAAACUUUGGCGUCAGAUUUUCUCGAACAUGUGUAGAGGUACCUUGACAUAUGGGCAUAUUUCUGGGAAAUCUCUUCCAUCUGGUGAUGAUGAUGAGGAUUGGUAUUUGGUACACUACAAGAAAAAUUCUAAAUAGCUACGGAAUCAAAAUUUGUUGCUACUUUACUAUGAAAUAUGCUACAGAACGACUUGUUGUAGCUAUUUUGCUACAAAAUUUGUUAC